AUGAAAAGUGAGCUAAUUCCAUCAUUCACGUUACUAUGUGUAUUUUCGAUGCUCGUCAUGUUAGUGUUAUCGGAUUUGCCGCAGGAAACUCUUCCGGUUAAUGGGAGCAACCCAGAUAAUAACAUUUCGGACAAUAGUAGUUCGAAUGGUAGCAGUUCGGACGAUGAUAGUUCGGAUGAUAGCAGUUCGGACGAUAGUAGUGGCACCAUUUAUAUGCGCAACGUUUCAAGCAAUAACUUAUUGUAUCAUAGAAUUGUGGAUCAAAUUAUGGAAAACUUGUCGGAUGUUAACUAUUGGUACAAUCGUUGGUAUGCUGGGGAGAAUUCAGAUGAUAAUAUUUCGGACAAUGAUGCAUUUGUAGAACGAUAG